AGCUUGAUAUAUUGGAAGCUGUGUUUCUUUCACUAUAUCUUAAAUUUUCUUGAAUUUUGUUUGUUCUACAAUCUACAUGGGAGCUAGAUUUUCGCGUAUAGCGAAAAGGUUUCUUCCUAAAAGUAAAGUAAGGAUAUUGAUGGUGGGUCUUGAUGGUUCAGGGAAGACUAUCAUCCUUUACAAGCUGAAGCUUGGAGAGGUUGUCACAACAGUGCCUACUAUCGGGUUCAACCUCGAGACAGUAGAAUACAAAGGCAUCAAUUUCACUGUAUGGGAUAUAGGAGGACAAGAGAAGAUUCGUAAACUGUGGAGACACUAUUUCCAGAACGCACAGGGGCUUAUCUUUGUGGUGGACAGCAGUGAUAUUGAAAGGAUAUCAGAAGCUCGAAACGAGCUGCAUCGCAUACUGACCGAUAAUGAACUAGAAGGUGCAUGUGUACUUGUCUUUGCGAACAAGCAAGAUUCAAGAAAUGCUUUACCCGUAGCCGAGGUUGCCAACAAACUUGGUCUACACAGCCUAUCCAAACGUUGUUGGCUUAUACAAGGAACCUCAGCCAUCUCCGGGCAAGGAUUAUACGAAGGACUUGAAUGGCUAUCCACAACAAUUCCGAACAAACCCGAACGGUCUACUUCGGUUGGUAGUUUCCGGAACAAUUCCUAUGAGAGGAAGCUGGUACGAGGUCCGAGGUAUUAAAAGUCUGAAGGCUUUGAAUGGUUAUUCCAAUGUAGAAAACGGAACGUACCAAAACUCACAAGUGUGUUUUUGUACUAGCUUGUUUGGUACGCUCCGGUUGGUACGAGCAACCAAAAUAGCUCUCUUCUGCGUUCUAUAUGUAUUUGUAUGAUUAUGGCGUUUUGUUUUCAAGGUUUCUCAAUGAGAACCAUACUUGACUAUUACUCAUAUUAUGGAGUGAAUAAGAUUUUUAGGGUAUA